GGAUCAUCCGGGUACAAUCAAAUUAAGAUGGCACCGGAAGAUGCGACACUCACAGCCUUCAGAACGCCGAUUGGAAGAGAUUGCUACACAGUGAUGCCGUUUGGGUUAAAGAAUGCUGGCGCAACAUACCAACAAGCCAUGACAAAGAUUUUCGACGACCUCAUCCACAAUCAAGUCGAAUGCUACGUGGAUGAUUUGGUCAUCAAGAGCAAACGGAAGGAAAACUUCAUGCAUGAUUUGAGAAUUGUCUUUGAACGGUUACGACAAUUUCACCUAAAAAUGAAUCCCUUAAAGUGCGCCUUCGGUGUCACCUCCGGGAAAUUUUUUGGAUUCGUUGUCCGGCACCGUGGAAUCGAAAUCGAUCCAGAGAAGAUUCAAGCCAUCUUGGAAAUGCCACCCCCUAGAACCUUGAAGCAACUGCGAUCCUUUCAAGGGAAGUUGGCGUAUCUAAGACGCUCAGAAGCUUAGACACUACAUGCUCUCUCAUAAGGUCACCCUUAUUUCGAAGUUCAACCCGUUGCAAUCUUUGAUGACUCGACCGACACUCUCCGGAAGACUAGCAAGAUGGUCGAUGAUAUUACUACAGUUUGACAUCACUUUCGUACCUCUUCGUGCUGUUAAAGGACAAGUGUUAGCGGACUUUCUCGCAGCGCACCCGAUACCGGCCGAAUCCCCUCUCAACGAUGAUUUGCCGGACGAACAGAUAAUGAGCCUGGGAAGCCCCGGUAGCCAACGCUGGGAGAUGUACUUCGAUGGAGCUUCAUCAGCAAAGAAAGAGAAAGAAUUACAAGCGAUAGUGCCCGACAGAGCAGGAAUUGGACUAAUCUUUAUCACACCAGAUCAGGGAAUGUUAAGGAUUUAGCAGAGCCGUGUACGAACAACGAAGCAGAAUACGAAGCACUGAUAACAGGGCUGGAAUUGGCGAUCUUAAUGGACAUAACAGACAUCGACGUCUAUGGCGAUUCGCAGCUUAGAAUCCAACAAGUAGCCGGACAGUACAAGAUUCUGAAACCCAGAUUGGAACAGUACCACCGCUACACGAUGAAGUUACUAGAACAGAUUCCCAAUGUGACGUUGCACAGAAUUCCUCGGGGAUUGCAGAUGCUUUGGCCAAGCUCGCGAAAGAAUUUGCAUGCCCACAGGAAGACCUCAUCGACAUAACGGUUCAAGGGCGUCAGGUUUUGUCCCAAAUUGACAUGGACAAUUUGCAUAAACUGGGGAAAGAGGAAACACUGAUAGCAGUUACUGAGUUUACAGAAGAUUGGCGUCAACCGUUCAUCGACUACUUGCGAACAGGAAAACUAUCGGACGAUAGAUAAGUCAGCAGCACAUCAGAUACGCAGGAGAGGAACGAAGUACUCGACUGAAAGGAGAGGAUGGUCUUUUUUCGAGCAGUAGACCUGCCCUAAAGGACUCUUUCUCUUUAGGAAGAGGGCUGCCACUGGCGAUCACUCAACCAAGCAAGCAGCCCCGGGAGGAAAAGAUUUUGAGCACUCGGGCAGGCGCGGAUAAUUCUUGGUUGGCUAUCUUUUUGGGAAGGCGCUAGAUAAAGACUUAUAGAAUCAAGAAAAUGAGAGACUCGGCCGGUUGACUCGAAUUCGAAUGAAAAAAGAAAAAAAAAACGUGAGCGCUUUCGUCUUCAAUGAGGAAUAAGGGACGGAGCUUGAAGAAGCGAGCCUAGCCUAUUACAUUGCUUUAUAUGGCUGAUUAGUCUGAGUCAAGCGCUAGCGCCCCUCUGAAGUAAGGUAAGGCUAUUCUGCUAUCAAUGAGUUUUUGAUGCAAAAACGUUGGAAUGACGAGACUGAUUCCCCAGCGCUGAAAUGCAGCAAUAAUGGAACGCAUCGGCCGGGCACAGCUACGCAUGGAAGACGGUCAACUUGACUGAACUGAACAAACUAGCGUUGGUUUGAAAUGCACCCCAAAAGAGUCAGGCGUGGGUAAGAGGGUAUCCACCCCGACAGUUUGAGGGAAGAGACGACUGUCUUGAUGAUAUCAUCUCUUCUAUCUCCCCUUCUUGAAUGGCAGAGGGCGAAACCUCUUCGUGCAACUCUUCCCGGGAAGUGAAUUUGCUUCUUCUCCUUUUUCAGAAGAACUGAGUGAGUGGUCCUCUUCAAGCUGUAACCACCACUUGUCCUCCAGAUCGAUUUCCAUCUCCUCGCUAAAAAGAACCUGGCAUCCGCAGGGAUGCGGCCCCGGUGAAUUAUUGGUCUGGUUCCGGCGGUCUUGGAACAGAACAUAGAGAUCCGCCCAGUUUCUCUUCGGCUUCAUUUCAGAAGAUCCAAUUUGGGGGCGCCCCAUCUUCUCAAAUCUUCUCUCAGAGUUGUUGUCACCGAUGGCUCUUUCAUCAGGUCAGCAGAGGAGUCUUGCAUGCUUGCUUGCGGUACCGUUGUCGAUCCAGCCCAUCUUCUUCGUCAGAAAACGGAAAACACUUCGUCCAGUGCUCAGGCUUCUGAUUCGAGGUUUGGUUUGGUCCUACUUCUGAUUUGGAAAAAGGGAGGGGAGCCUUAACCCGAAUUCUAAACCGGCGUGGCACUGCCUUCUGAUCAAUAGAACAGGAAGAGGAGAAAAGAAAGACCACCAAAAGUCACGACCACCAAGAUGCGCAUAAUGAUUCGAUCUUUUGAUAACCCAUUUUUUGAAAACCACCAUUUUUGGGGGCUGACGCGUGACACACGGAAGAUUGGAUUGCCUGAAUCACGAGUCUUAUAUACUGUGUUACGAUCACCUCAUAUUGAUAAAAAGUCCAGAGAACAAUUUGAAAUGGAAAUCAAGACAAAAUUUCUUGUCAUAAAAACGGAAACGCAUGAAUUGCGCAAGAAGUUCUUUCGGUUAAAACGCCGUCGUAUAUUUGGAGCUCAAUAUGAAAUUCGUCUUUCUUGCAAGACCCGUUCGGAUAAGGGCAAACUCCAGAGAUUGCUUCGAAGUCAGAUCCUUGCCUUUACCCUUUCCUCAACCAGAAAAACAUUCUAAAUUGACUCUCUUUUAGUCAAAACAAUUUUCUCUUUUCUGACGCGCAGUGUCUGACUGUUCCCUGCUGUUGUGGCUUUCUCAUUCUUUUCUUGUACUACACCAACCUCUCGAUAUGCCCGAGAAAAAAGGAACGUGGGAAAUCUUCCCCGGGUGUCUGAGAACCCUAUCUAGGGCACCUCCGCAUUACCAUGCUGCUGGGACGUCAAAGUGUAUUUGUUACCAAUUUUGAUUGUCUUCUAGAAUGAGUUCUUUUUGUCUUUCUUUUCUCUAACGCCUUACUUCUGGAAUUCAGUUAUUAGGGAAGAAGUCAAAGUAGUUCAUUACGGACAUCCCCCUCCUCAACCCCCAAAUGUUGUGAGCGAGUUGGGUGCUUGAGAAGGACCAAUCAGAGGCAGGAAAUGCAUCCAUUCCAUCCAUGUACGUAUCAAAAACUGAUGGAGGUCAUCAGGCAGCCUAUCCGAACGGGACAAAGAGUUGAGUUGGUUGUCGAAAAGCCCCAUUCCAUUCGGCUUCGGAUAAAGAUGAAAGACUGCAUGGGCUUUAGCACUCGACUGAAAGGAUAGGCGCUAGUAGGCGCACCCCGACAAAAGAGAAAUUCUAUGAAGAAGGCAUCAGGUCGCAGCUUACUGACUAAUGAAAGUGUGCGCCUUAAGCCUGAAUACUCAGGGCAAGUUCAGCCUUGACUUGCUAGUGCGGCAGAUUCCUUUCAUGAUCGGACUACCUAUCUUUCUGCUUCAAAUCUGUAUUCAGAGCUUUUUUCCAACUACUGGGACUACUCCUUUACAGCACAAAGCCCUCAAUUGAAUAUGCUACUGCUCUGACUUUAGACCAGAAUCCGAGCAUUGAAGCAAGCUUUUUGUCGCACCAUAACCGAGUCUCUCCUUUCAGCUCUGACCAAUCCACCCGUCAUUGCUCAGAACUGUGCUCCUUACUCCUUGACUGUCUGGUAUGGCCACUUUUGCUUGAUGUCUGGCUCACCCCAUCAUUCACCCGAAUUGUUUGUUCAAUUAGAGUCGUAUGAACCAUUUUUGAAUAAUUCAAAUUAUAAUGCGCCUGGCUUUCGUAGGGUUAUUUUACUUGAAAGUCACGACGUUUCUGCAUUGGUGGAGUCGGUCAUGGGGACGGAGGUACCUUUUUCCAAAAUCUCAAUACCUGCUACUGGCCCAGUGUUUAAUGCAGUUGGUUUAGGUGUGAUGGUAGCUUUCUUUCUUGUUGUCGGUGUCGGUCUGUUUCCUGAGGGUGUAAUAUGCCCUUAAUGCAUUACAACUGACAUUGAAAAUGAUUAGCUUCUUCUGUCAAGCUAAAAUGUGGUGAGCUAUUAGAACUGAGAAACUGUCAGAUGAAUGAAUCAUUGACAAUGGGUUAGUAGUAAAAAGUGUUCAUGAUACUGCAUCUCAGGUUGCAGCAAGAACUUCAUAUCCUUAACAGGAGAAUAAGUUGUCUGCAAAGUCAAAAUGCGGCUAUCAGAAAUUGCUAGCAACACUGAGAGAAAGUCUCUUUGUAUCAAGAUGUGUGCCGUUAGAGUCAUGAUUCUGAGUUCUUGCUUCAAUCUUUCACUUUUUCUUUCUCCGGUAGGAAUGAUCAGUAGAUGUGUCUAAAUCAUUAGAAGCAGCCAAUCUCACUCAACUGAGGAUAACUACACUAAAUGGAUACAUAGUACUUUUCUCACUCAACAUGAAAAUUCUCUUUCUAACAACACAGUAGGACUAGGGAAUAGAUUCUCAAGAAGUCCGGAGUUCUUCUCCGGGUUCCCUUGUGGAUAUUCUACUCAGAUUUGUUGAAGAAACAAAACACAUUAGGGGGUUCCGAUUUAGGACCCUCAGUUUCUCUUUAGCCUGUGUCGAGGCGAAACAAACAAGAUUUAACUCAUGUAGAUCUACUCUUCUAGCGCGUAGGAAGCUGCUGAACUCAAGCGACUCUGCCGGGUAGCUCUAUGCGCCUAGCUGGUGCUCUCUUGUGUAGUUUAGCUUGGUUGGGGAUCUUACUAGCGGUAUUCUAUAAGAGAGAACGACGAGCGAGUUGUCUGGACCAAGGGAGUAAAUAGUUGACCAUAUAAGUCAAAAAGAAUUUCUUGCAGUCAUAUUACUCUAUCUGAAAAGAAUUCAUUAAUGAGAAGACUAGUUUCUCAAAGAAAAAAGUACCCUAGCCUAUUCUCUCUUCUUAAGAUGAACUUCAUUUCUCAUUCAAUUUGUUUUCCAUUAAUGAAUUUGAGAUUGAAGAGUACUACUAUUCUUUCUAUCUAGAAUCUAUUAGUCUGAGAUUUCUAUAUCUACCAUUCUUUGGAGUAGAUCUUUUUGUUCUGUUGAAUGUUGACUCGUGGAGCUAUCAGCUGAUAUCUCUAAAGAUUGAACGGAGGAUGGUCUUCUAUUUAGAAGAAAGAGGAUGGAUUGGUCUGAAUGUUAUGGUUGCUUGCCUACAGAUGCGACUUUCAAAUCUGGUUUCUUUCCCCUUUCAAAGAAAGAAAAUGGGAAUUGUUGACAGAGUGUACAAGCUUGACUUAAGCGAAGAUUCCAAUCAGUCUUAUUUUAGAUAAGGUUAUGCCCUUAGUUGGAGAAGUUUCAGUUUCUAAACUCAUAUCAUCUUUUCUUAAUCUUCCUAUAAGAUGAACAGUACCUGUGUUAUUCAUGGUUUUCUUUCAGUUUGGUGUUAUUGUCACUUUCAUGCUACUUCACAUGUUUUAUUAUUGAGUAAGUUAUUCCCACUGAUUUACUGUUGUGUUUGCAUGAGAUGUUGGUGUUAUCAUGAUUUUAUUAUGGUUAAGUGAAAAUGGGAAUUUCCAUAAAAUGAUUCACACUUUCAAAAUCUAUUUGAAUUUUGUUCUUUUUCAAUAUCUAUUUGAAUUUUCCUCAUCUGAGUCAGACCCAGCAUUGACAGUCUGUGGACUAGCGAACGAGAGCUUGAAGGUAUGCUUUUUUCUCUUGCUCAUAGGAAGAAGUUUAGGCCUUGAAAGAUACCUUGUUGAUGAAGCUAAGAUGGAUUUGAUGUCAGAUGCCCCCAACCCCCGUUUUGUCUAUAUAAACCUAGCCAACAAUUCGAUCUUGAGUUGGUUCAAAGUUGAGGAUUCAGAGCAGAUCAACUCCAGGUUUGGUUCCGCAGCUUCUAAAAAGUAAGAUCGUGAAGAUCUUACGAAGCCCCUGUCUAGUGUCCACUCCUUUCUAAGGGUUCCAAACCUCUUCUCCUUCCCCUCCUAAGGCAUUCCUUCCCCUUUCAUUCAUUCCUAAGGAGCUAACGAACAAGCGGCGGAAUAGACAGAAAGCGCAGGGAUCUUAGAGAAGACAGUGAAUGUGAUCAAGACAGUUACAGUUCAAUAAAGUGCUUUUCUCAUUUUCUCAUAGGAUAUAUCCAGCAGUGCCCUUUUAGUCUCUGUGCCCUUUACUAGGGGUUUAGUUGUCUAGUGCCAGUGCCCUUAGAUAAAGUUCCAUUCCAGCGAUUGGACCCUCUCUUACAUCCCGUGGUAAUUGGUGCCUUCCAGCGAGCAGCUAGUACAAUCUUGGGGUCAAUUUUCUUUGAUUUGAAGUCAGCUCCUUGGCCAGCUUUCAAAGGGGUGGUCUUUUCCGGACACUUGGGUUGGAAAUCCAGGUUCUGAGUGGGGAAGAGGGCAUUUCUAGUGAACCCAAGGACUUUUAGUUAGUACCGCCCUGUUUUAUCGGUCUUCGAAGCGAGCCUAUCAAAUUCACUUCUUGCAUCCCUUGUUCUAGGUAGAGGUACCAUCGGGAUCGGGACAACAUUCCAAUCGGCAAUUGGCCCCGUAAUGAAUGAAAAUAGGUCAAAUAGCUUAUAGAAAGGGAUUAAUCAACUUGUACUCUAGCUGGUAUGACGAAGUUAAGGGACUCUCCUAAGAGAGGCUCGAACGUAGCCCAUUCAGUUGGUGAUUAAUUAACCGUUCCUUGCUGUUGUUGUUUAGUUCACAGAUCGGGGGUUGCGAUCAAGGAAACACAUCUGUACUUCUGACUUCCAGCGUAGUGAAACUCUAGUCAGCACGAUGUUGCGAAGGGACGAAACAAUAAAGAGGGCUAUGAUUUAUUUGGGUUGUAUAAAAGGGGCAAGGAAGACGGCUAUGGGGUGCAAAUCUGACUUCUUUCCUUUCCCUGCUGUUGAAUGGGACUCCCCAAGCCUUCAGUGUGCAAAUGCCUUUGCUUUGGUCUCUGCGGCACUUCGACUGAAGUGAAUAUAUAUUAUUAUAUAUAAUAUAUAAGAAAGAAUAAAAAAGGAAGACUCUAUUAAUGAGGUUUAAGCGAGAUUUUGUCUAGAUCGUCGGAGUCGGAGAAAGCAAGGUGCUAGAGGAUAGUGAGAAACUCAGAAUAAAUGAUCUUCUAACGGAAGAGGAUUCCCCGGUAUCAGACUCUACUAGAACAUCAUCCGAUGAAGCUACAUCGGUUACCAAAGCAUCUUCUGACUGAG